UUCAAAGAAAAAAGAGCUGCUUUCUUACGGAUCCCGCCAAAUCUGAAAACAGCAGGCGCUAGACUACUUUGCAUUGUCAUCAAACAUUAUUUAUGCACAAUUUUACGUAAGGAAAAGUCUCCAUGGUUUUGCCGAUUAAAUUCAGCAUAAUGGAUUGCGAAAACGAAACAAAGAAGGAGGUGGAUGACUCAUUUGAGUCGGAAAAAGGCUAUAAUGGCGAUUCGAUUAGCAUGUCAAAAUCAGAAAGCACGUCAAAAUCAAUCUACGCCACCCUAUCCGAGUCAACAGAUCCUACCGUUCAUAUUGAAAAUAAAGAAGAGCUGAAUAGCACUUUGAAUAAUAAUCGUGUUACCAAAUUAAGGUUACUGAAGCAAAGCGACGUUGGAGUAAAGCAUACACCAACACCACCACCCCAUACAUCUGUGCCAAACCUGUACUCCAUGAACGGAACAAAAAGCAAUGAUGAAAUGAACCAUAAAAAAAUUCAGCAAGAAAUGGAAGCUAAAUUAGAGAGUAGAGGUGAAUUACAUGCUGGGUAUUUAGAAGGAAUGAUUGCACUUCAGAAGCUGAAAGUGGCCUUUGAAAAUCAUAAAGCAAAAACGUUUUUCAAGCCUGAUGGAGUAUUCAUCAGAGAUGCAGGGUUGGCUCUGAAUGAGAUUGAAAGUGCAUACAAGAAAUUGGCAAAGCAUUUCCCUGCAGUGCAACCUACUGAUGGCGAGAUAAUGGAUACCACACCCCCAAUAUCUGAUGCUGGCAACGAUCUUGGACUUGACGACUCCAGCAGCAGCAACAAACAGCUCUCACAUUCUUUGGCUCCUCCUCAGUCAUUUGUAAAGGAAAAUAUGGACAGUGCCAGUAGCAGCAACUCACAAAGGAAAUCAUGGAAGAGGAAGCGCCAACACAGCCUUGAUGGCCCAAGCCAUCAGCGCCCACGCAAGACUCGUAGGAGCCUCUUUGGCAGAGGAGGUGGAAGGAGUGGUGUGAGAAAUGAAAGUGAGGGAAAGAAAAGUGAAGAAAAUGAGGAGACAGAGAAGAAAGAUGAGGAAUUUGAAGUUGAAAAAAUUAUUGAUUAUGACCGAAUCAAGGGGAAAUGCCGUUACCAGGUGCGCUGGAAAGGAUACGGCAGCAGUGAUGACACUUGGGAGCCUUUAGAGAACCUCACAGGUUGUGAGGAAAUUUUGCUGUCAUUCAUCAGAUCCAGGAUGGUUGAAAGAAGCCGCAUCACGGAUCCUGAAGAACUCAAAACAACCUUGCUGCCCUGCGAGGAAUCUCUGAAGCCUCUUCUGAAGAUGGCUUUUUUCGCCCAGCUUACCGCGCCUGCGCAAGCUGACGUUCUGGCGGCCCUUCCUCUUGUCAUCGCUGGCAGAUGUAAAAUCAAGGAAAUGAGUGAAUUGGAAGAAGACGUUGAAAAACUGGUCUCCAUCAAAGAUUGCACGAGCGAGAAAUACCUCAAGGCGUUCGAGGAGCUUAAGCAUCAACUCGUGCUGAGAGAGUGCAAGCAGCAGCGAGACCGACAGUGCGCGGAGCUCAGACGCUGGGAGAGAAAUAUGAGCCGCGUCUGUUCCGACCCUGCGCCUCUGGGUGUUGUCAAUGACGUAGAUCUCUCACUCCCGCCUGAUGACUUCAUUUACGUUAAUGACUACGUCGCAAGUAAAGGCAUCAACAUCCCGCAAGAUCCGGUGUGUGGCUGUGAAUGCACCGACUGCGGCAGCUCCCAGAACUCUUGCUGCGCCAAGCAAAUGGGCUCCCACUUCGCCUACACCAAGCAUGGACGCCUUAAGGUUUCUCUUGGAACGGCAAUAUAUGAAUGCAAUAAGCAUUGCAAAUGUACCAACGAUUGCCAGAACCGCGUGGUGCAAAAAGGCCGCACUCUCCAGCUCACCAUCUUCCGCACUCUGAACCGAGGCUGGGGCGUGAAGGCAGGGGAGUUCAUCAGGUCAGGAUCCUUCGUCACCGAAUAUGUUGGAGAAGUGAUAAGCUCUGAGGAGGCAGAGCGACGAGGACGCGUUUAUGACGCCCGAGGAUGCACGUAUCUGUUCGACUUGGACUACAACAAAGGCGAUUUGAACCCGUACACCGUUGAUGCUGCGCGAUGUGGCAACGUCUCUCACUUCAUCAAUCAUUCGUGCGAUCCAAAUCUUGUUGUGUAUAACGUAUGGAUCAACUGCCUCGACCCUGACCUGCCCAAGCUUGCACUCUUCGCCGUUCGAGAUAUAAAAAAGGGCGAGGAAAUCACAUUUGACUACAACUCACCGUCUUCCAGAUCACAAGACACUGCCGCAAUAAAUGACGAUGGCUCCCUGCUGGCCUCCCCCUGCGUGACACCAGGACCUAGAGAGAUCGGUCCCCGGGAUGUGGCCACGCCCAAGACUCCUAAACGUGGUUCUGCCAAUGGCACCACAGAAUGCCACUGUGGAGCAGCCAACUGCCGACGCUUUUUCUUCUGAGCUCGCGAACGUUUUGACGUUAUUCUUUUGACGCGAACGUAUUGUUCGUACUCGCUUCUUUUACAUAUAGACGUGAGUAUUAAUUUUUAGUUCUCUUUCUUCUCUGAAAUUCCAAAAUGGAUAUUAAUAGAUAUUGAUCUGUAUUCAAAACUCAUGGUAGGCACAGGCUGGUACGUUAGCUAUCGACAUUAACUUUUGUGUUGUAUCUUAUUGUUAGCUUCAGUUCAUCAGGAGAUUUUCGCCUACAGCAGAGUCGCUGCAUUGCGAGUCAAUCCAAUUGAAUGUUGUCGUAACUUACUUGUCUCUUCUUAUAGAUUUCAUUUGUUACGCUAGUGAUACUGACUUUUUUCGAGUAGUCUGAACGGAACAUUUUUUUGCAGAAUGAAAAUGUUACAUUUUGUAGAUGCAUUAUGAAGAUGUCUCCUGCUUGCUGUUAACUCACUGUUCUCUAUGAAUUAAUACAAAUAGAAAUAAGUCGUCCAAUUGAGUAUACGCUAAUGGUAUUGAAAAUUUCUUAAAUAAUCUGAAAGGAAUAUCGGUAUACUAUUGAAUUUCAGAUUUUGUUGAUCAAUUAUGAAAUAUUGCCUUUUGCUUGUUGUUAGCUCGCUGUUUAUCAAUGGGUUAUUAUACAUAAAAAGUAUUUCGUUGAAUUCAAUUUGCGAAAUUUGUAAAAUAAUUAUUCUUCAUUCAAGCUAAUUUCCUCAAAUUAAAAAUAAAAUUUAUUUAAUGCGCCGUUAGUCGUUGCUCAACAACGUCUUUUUGAUGAAGUAAUAGGAUGACUUGUUUGAAAUAUUUAGAAAUUUAGAAAAGGAAUAAAGUUUCAUCCUAUUAGGUUGCUUUUGUAAUUAGUGGAUAUUGCGUUUCAGAUAUAAAACUUUAAAAAC